AUGCCACACGGUGAGAAAAUUCAUUUUCCAACACCUGCCAACAUAUUCCAACAAAAUAAAUGUACUCAUAUACUGUAUAAAUCCAAACAGGUGGGUCGUUUACGUGGUGUAGCUGAAACUCUCCGUGCUAACUCCGAGACCAGUGCUCGUGUGGCUCGAGAGGCUCAAGAGGCUUCGAGCGAAUUGGCGGCACAGUUGAGUGCGGCGAGAGAGGCUGAGAGGAAGGAGAGAGAUGCUGCGGAGAUCGCGAGAGGACAACUGGCGAGGCUCAAGGAAGAGUUGGAGGACAUGAGGGACGUGGCUCCUCCACCCCCCGACCCGAGGCUACAGGAACUCACCAUGGAACUAGAGUUACUACGGACUCAGAACAAAUCCUUAACUGAAACCCAGGAGGAGCUUCAGGCGCAGAUCCUCACGCGUGGUGUUGAAGAAGGCAGAAGUUUGUUGGACGGAGUCAGUGGACCCUUGGUAGCGACCAACUCGCUGGCUCACGAACUGUCACAGAUGUCGGACCACGAGCUCGUUGGUAGCAAACACACAGACAGCGUAGAGCUGGAAAAGUUGCAGAAAGCCUUAAAAGAGCAACAAGAUGUAAACGUCCAAUUGAGAAAUUAUAUAGAUGGAAUUCUGUUAUCGAUCGUCGAAAACUACCCUCAACUGCUGGAAGUGAAAUAUCAACAGAAACCGGAAAUGAAGUCAUAACACCGAUUAAAUUUAUUUUAGACAAAUAUUACAAUAGAAAAUUCUGUAUUAAUAAAUAUUAGCUGAAUAUCAAAAGAUCAGAUCCAUUUGUUAUAAAACAUUAUGACAAACUCAUCUCUGGAUAAAAUUAUAUUUUUAAUAAUAUUUAAUUCUAAAUUAUUCCCUAUUAACAAUGUGCUCUGUGUAACUUAUUGUUCUCUUACUCUCAAUAUAUUUUCUCAACUAAUAAUGGAUUUUAUGAUAAAAUUCUGUGAUAAUUAAAAAAAUAUAUAUAUCAAAUAAUAUCCCGCUCCACGGUUAUAUCAUUCGAAUAUUCCUUGUAACUGUAAAUAAUGUAUAGAUUAUCUCUAGCUGUAGUAUCGGAAUGUUAACGCUCCAGUUAAAAUAUAUAGUUAAACAGAUCUGGGGUUAGCUUCAGCCGUUUCCAAGGCAUGACCGUCCAACAGCUUGUACAUUUUAUGCUAAGACUGGAUUUAUUGGACACGAACGGUGCAACAAUGUGUUCCAAGAUUAUAUAUACACUAAUAUUAUUUAUAAAGCCAUUAAACAUAUUCGUGUUUAUUAAUAAUAUUUUUAAUAUAAAUAGCAUAGUACCUAUAAUUAAUAUAUGUUACUAUUUUUACAAUGAGAUAUUGGAUAGUGUAGUUGAGUAUGUCUGUGUACAUUUUGAUAACACAAUUAAUAUGAAGUAUAGUAUACAUGUUAUAAUUAUAGAAAAUGAAUUAAAUGAAACAAUAAUAAUAUUGC